GAACUUGUGUUUUUUCUUUUUCCUUUCCUAGGUUAUCUUUGGACAGAGAGAACGUUUCUCCAGUGUGUGGCUAUUGCUGCUGCCUUCUCUAAAGAUUUUCGCUUCGUUUGGGCUUCAUCUACCUUGCCCAGUAGUCUCUAUUACCUGUUCGUGCUAUUGGGAUUCACCAGGUAGAAGAGAAUAAGAGGAGGGUCUAUGAAAGUUUGGUUGAUUUGGUCUCGGACUGAAUGAGCUCCCUCUCCCCAUGCCUUUGUUAGGUACUCCAAUAAAAACUCUCUACUUUUUCACUCCAAACCCUAUUGGGUUUCACCCAUUUUGCUCUUAGGCUUCCCCAAAUCCUCACAUCUAUUUUUUACCCAACUGGGUUUCAUUCUUUUCACUCUGAAAAGCUCAUUCUGGUUCCAUUCUGUUUUACUUGUAUUGUGAAGUUCUUACCUUUUGUGGUGUUAGCUUUUGCUUUCUGAUGAUUACUGGGGUGUCAUUGACACAAGUAAACCCUUGUUGUGUAGAUAUUCCUACUGGACAGUCUUCAUUCCAAAAUAAUGUAUUUACACUUAGGGCUCAAACCCAUUUGCACAAUAUAUUUGUACUUGGCAAUGAGAAGGGGUUGGCCUCUGGAUGGAAGUCCUUCCAAGUGCCAAAAAUUAGGAAAAACUGUAACUUGGGGAGCAAUAAGGCUCGACGGGGUGCACUCAUGAUUCGGGCAGUUGCCACCCUUGAACCCAAGAGUUCGGUUCAAAGUGAUGGGGGAGAGGAUGGUAGCGGUAAUCUACAUCUGGGUGUUGAUUCUGGAAGUGCUUCAGGGAUUCAGAAUCAAUCAUCAAGCGAAGACUCUGAGGAAUUGAGCGAGAGAGAGAAGCUAAGACGGUUGAGGAUUUCAAAAGCAAAUAAGGGUAUCACACCUUGGAACAAAGGGAGGAAACACAGUCCAGAAACACGACAACUGAUCAAAGAGAGAACCUGGAUUGCAAUGCAGAGUGAAAAGGUCAGGGCGAAAUUAGCUUACCAUGGACAUGCUCAGAGCCAAGAAACAAGGAUAAAAAUUGGGGCUGCAGUUCGAUUGGGGUGGGACAGGCGCCGUGAGAAGCUGAGGCUGCAGGCAAGUUGCUAUUUUGAUUGGCAGAAUCUGAUAGCAGAAGCUUCUAGAAGGGGCUUUGUUGGUCAGGAAGAGCUGCAGUGGGACUCCUAUAAGAUGUUGAGCGAACAGCUUGAGCAGGAGUGGUUGGAAAGUAUUGAACUGAGGAAACAUACAAAAAGACUGAAAGGCAAUAGAAAAGCACCCAAGACUCUUGAGCAGAGGCGGAAAAUCUCAGAAGCCAUUACUGCCAAAUGGGCUGAUCCUGAAUAUCGUCAGAGAGUUCAUGGUGCCCUAGUGAAAUAUCAUGGCUCAAGAGUUGGAGUUGAAAGGAAGCCCAAGAAACAGCCAAGUGUUGAUAGACAAGCCAGACCACCGGGUCCCCCAAAGAAGAAAGCUAAGGAGACAGCUAUUCCCAUAGUGAAAGUAACAAAAAGCCCCAAAAACAGCUCUACGAAGCCAGUGAGGAGAAAUAAGCCCCAGUAUAAGGAUCCUCUGGCAAGCUCCAAACUAGAGAUGAUAAAGAAUAUUAGAGCACAGAGAGCAGCUGUGGAAACCAAAAAGACUGAAGCCAUCGUACAAGCAAAGCUAUUAAUCGCAGAAGCUGAAAUGGCUGCAAAGGCCCUAGAGGCAGCUGCAAUGACAAGCCCUGUUGCUCAAGCUUCCCUUAUUGAAACUAGGAAGCUUAUAGCUGAGGCAAUUCAAUCUCUUCAGUCCAUAGAGAAAGGUCAGAUUCAUUCGAAUGAAACUGAUGUACAAAACCCUUCAGUUGCCUCAGCAGAACUGGUGAACCAUAUGGAGAAGGAAAGUAUUGGGAAAAUUAAUGGUACCCAAGCUUUGGAGUCAAGGGAGAGUGAUAUCAAGGACUUUGGUUUCGGUAAAUUUAAUUUCCAGUAUCUACUUAAUGGCGAUGAUGAGGUCCUUCCUACAACAGGUUGUGAUUUACUGAAUGGUAAGGAGGAACUGUAUCGAACAGGCUCCAGUGAUUCUGGUUGGUCUCCAUCGGAACUGAACAGUGUACUAAAGCAAUCUGGCAUCACAGAGCAACUGAGUCAGCUUGAACCAAAUGGAAAGAACAGUCUUCAAAAAGAAGUGCCAUCGGGUGGAGCCGAACUUAAGCCUGAGAAGGAGGUAAAACCACCAAGUUCAAUUAACGUCGCUAAGAAAUGGGUCCGUGGGAAGCUGGUUGAAGUAGAGGAAGUAGAUUAGUUUAGUGUACAAGUAUAUUUUGAAGUUGGCGAAGUUUUCAUCUUUUAGAAGGUAGUCAACUUGGUGUCUGCACUUCGCUAAAUUGGGUACAAGAGUGAUGCAGUGUAACACAUCCUAUUGCAGUUAUCAUGUGAGUUUAAUCGUUUUCAAGGCCAACAAUUACGCAAAUCCAGCUUGGAAGCACGGUAAUUAAGCACUAUUAGUGUAGUUUAGUACAGUGGCAUUGUCCAACUUACAAUGGAUUUGGCAUAGGCAGGUACAGUUGUAUUUGACUCAUGUUCCAUCAGGAUAUAUAAAUUAUGUCCCUUUUCGUGUUAAAA